CCUUACAUGUAAACUUCGCUGCUCAUAAUUUUUAUACCCAGUUUCAAGGUGUGCAGACAAUUUAAACUUAAGGAAUAUUUUGUUUUUGGAUAUCUUUUCAUUCCACCAUAGUAAAGGACAAACAAAGAGACAUGAAAAUUAAGACUUAAAGAUUAGUUGGACACCAGCACAGCGUUUCUCAAACUGUGUGGGGGUGCGCUUACUACAAGUAAAGGGCAUGCGGACAAGAAAAAAGCGUCAUGUUCUGGAUAUGUUUAACUCUAGCGUCCUUGACGACAGCUGUCAUGGCUGUGACCAAGGAGGAUAUCUCUUACCAACGAGAACUGACUGGUGAUUACUGGCUGGAUGGAGCCCACGGUGAACUGCAGAAGGCGCUGGAAAAUCAAAACAGAGGCGUCGCUAAGAACAUAAUCUUAUUCAUAGGAGACGGCAUGGGUCCUCCCUCUGUCACAGCUGGAAGGAUACUAGCUGGGCAGUUGCAGGGGAAAAAGGGGGAGGAGUUUUCUUUGACCUUCGAGAAGUUUCCACAAACUGGGUUAUCAAAGACAUAUGCCGUAGACGAGCAGGUGACAGACUCUGCAGCGGCUGCCACCGCAUUUCUUUGCGGUGUCAAGACCAACAGAAAAAUAUUGGGGCUCAACGCCCGAGCACAAGAUGGCAACUGCAGCUCCACCACUGGGGCAAAUGUGCAUUCCAUUUUACGGUGGGCAACAAACGCAGGUAAAUCUACAGGUAUAGUCACUACCACAAGAAUCACUCACGCCACACCAGCGGGUGCCUACGCUCACUCCCCGGACCGAGACUGGGAAUCUGACAGGUUGAUUCCUUCAUCUGAGAAGCAAUGUAAAGACAUAGCCUACCAGCUUAUUAAAGAGAAUAGUGACAUUAAUGUCAUCCUGGGAGGAGGUCGAGCUUACUUCUACCCAGAGAAUUACACUGACCCAGAUCCUGAUCCAAAGUUUAACACUUCCGAGGUGUCCAGAACUGAUGGAUUGAACCUGAUUCAAGAAUGGGUUGCGGAGAAAAAAGAGAAAGGUGUGUUUGUUUAUAACAGACAGGGUCUUGAUCAAGUUGACGUAUCGAGCACUGACUAUCUCUUGGGUUUAUUCGCACAAGGCCAUAUGAGCUUUGACGUCGAACGCAAUGCUUCCAGGGAACCAGCACUCCAUCAGAUGGUUGAAAAAGCAGUCCGCAUUUUACAGCGGAACAAAAACGGAUUUUUCCUCUUGGUCGAAGGGGGUCGCAUCGACUCUGCACAUCAUGAUACUCAGCCAGUCAAGGCUAUACACGACGUGGUGGCCAUGGACAAAGCCGUAAAGAUGGUGCUGGACCUGACAGACAGCUCAGAUACACUUACAGUCGUCACAGCUGACCACUCACACGUCAUGAGCAUCGCGGGUUAUGCGACCAGAGGAAAUCCAAUUUUCGCUUUGAGUGACCUCGAUGGCGUCAUCAACACCAAAAGAACUCUUGACCAUCUGCCAUUCACGACACUUGUCUACGCCAACGGUCCCGGAUACAAAGUUCCACGACCCAAUAUCACUGAGGUGGAAACUGGCAAUGUGAACUACGUCUCACAGUCAGCAGUACCCAUGAAGUCAGAGACACACGGAGGCGAGGAUGUCGCUAUCUAUGCCCACGGGCCGCAAUCAUUUCUGUACGCUGGAGUUCAUGAGCAAAGCUACAUCCCCGUAGCUAUGGCGUACGCCUCCUGUAUAGGGCCCUAUGCAAAGGAAGAAAACAAGUUGUGUGCCAGACCAGCUCAAAAUAUUCCAAAUGUAGAGAACUCAAGUUCAAGGACGUCUAUUCCCAGGCAGCUUUACAUUCUCCUCACUUAUUUGUCACUGAUCUAUAUAACAUGUCAUCGUCUGGUUCUAUAAGCUGUUCAACUAGUGGUCACUGUGUUUCCAUAUUUUUGCUAUUGUUUUAUGGUUGUUGCAUCUGUAGAGAGAGACGCUGUGUUGAAUGAAUGACAGAAUGUAGUGCUGUACAGAACUAUCACUAAGUUUAUACAUUGGAACUUACAAAUCA